CAUUCGCCCCCGCUUCGAAGUGUUUGCUACGCAGUGUUUUGCUACAAUUGCUACUGAGAACCAAGAUCCCCCGUGUGAAUGUUUUGUUGGAGUCUCAAGUUGACGCAAUGUCGGAAGAUUCCGAAAAACCCGAACGAACCAGUGCUCGACCCUCGCGGAUGGUGUUUUCCAAGAAGAAUGAACGAUUGAAGGAUCAGACAAGAUGUGCUGGGGUCAGAGCGGAUCUGAAGGUUUGCCUGUUGGAGAGUGAUUGCUGCAAGAUACAAAGAAAAACACCUAAAGAGUGCAUCAAGGCUACGGAUGGAUCUGUUCCGGAAGACUGUCAAGCUCUGAGGUUCGUUCUAUAUGAGUGCAAAAGGUCCUUGGUCGAUGGCAGAAAGAGAUUUCGUGGACCUGUAGGUUACUAGAAAUACUAUUAAUAAAUAACAAUCACCUUCGAUGUUACAUAAUUAUUUAUAAAUACCAACAAUCUAAUAAACAACUAGGAAGUACACGGUAAAAUGUGAA